AUGAAGUCAAUUUUAAGUAUUUUUAUUAAUUUAAUCUUUGUAGUAUCUUCUGUAGAAAAUGAUAAUGUAAGAUCAAAUGAAGAUACUCAAAAUAGUCAAAGAUGUGAUAAUUUUAAAGAUAAUAAAAAAGAAUUAUCGUGUUUUGAUAAAGUAUUAAACAGAUUUAUGACUCAUUGUUGUUAUAAGAGUAAAACUUCUGAAGAUGACAAUGAUGUUUAUGAAUUAAACAAUGAACAAGCUCAGUUAAGUGACUCUAAAGAUAAUGAAAAUGAAAAUGUUCCAGAUAAUGAAUCAUCGGAAAAUACUAAAGAACCAAAAAAGUCAUCAAGUGACUCUAAAGAUAAUAAAAAUAAAAAUGUUUCAGAUAAUAAAUUAUCGAAAAUUAGUGAAGAACCAGAAGAUUCAAUUACUAAUUAA